GGUUGGAAAGGGGUGCGUUAAGAACACUUCCAACCCAAAUUAUUCCAGGAUUUAACAAGGAGACGCGCGUCUCUCGGCCCCCGCCGAGGAGCAACGCCAGGCAUCAAGGAUCCGCCGGGGGCCACCAAAUGUUCCUGGUGAGCACCGAGCAGGACGCGGCUGCACAGAAGAUUCGCGGAGACCCCGGCUGCUCCCGGCAGAGCAGCGCCAGGCGGUGGCUCCGCCGCAUGCCCGGGGGUGGCGGGGCGGGGGCAGCCCGGGGCUCGGCUCGGCCCGGCCGCCCCGGUGCCACCCGCGCCCCGCCCGCGGAGGGGCCGUGCCGGGGCUGUCCCGGGGCCGGUGCGCGGCAUGGCGGGGCUGCCCGGCGCCCGGAGCGUCUCCCCAGGCUCCCCCCCGGCCCUGGACGGUUCCUUCUUGCUCUCGCCGCUCGGGGGGCUGAUGUGCGCCCAGGCCGUGCUCGGUUUACUGGUGUGGUCUCUCAUCGCUGCCACAACGUACCACCUGCACGCGGCGUACGGCUGGGUGAUGUUUGUGUCCCUCUUCUUCUGGAUACUAACACUCCUUUUCCUCGUGACUUACCUCCUGCAGCUUCAUCAGAAGUUCUACAUGGUCCCCUGGCCCCUCGUGCUGAUGAUCUCCAACGCUGUGGCCACCGUGCUGUACCUCACAGCCUUCGUGACGUGCGCGGCCGCCGUGCAGCCCACGUCCUGGCGGCAGUGGGACUACAACCGCAGAGCCGCCGCCUCCUUCUUCGCCUGUGUCACGAUGAUCACAUACGGGGUGAGCACCUUCUUCAGCUUCCGCGCCUGGAAAGGGCUCGGCAGCAACGCGGCCACCAGCCAAGUGACUGACCACGCUUAA